GCCAGUCAUCUGCGGCCGCGGCAGCCAUUUUGUUUGGGGAGAAGGAGGUGGACGCGGACUUUGUUUACCUCGCAGCGGGAGCGCGCGGGACAGAGAGCGGUGUUUUCCGAACCCCCCUUUUUUUGGACACACCGCGGAUACUGCGGCGGACGCGGAGACGAGGAGCCGGCGAGGCUAAGAAACUGAGCGCGCUCCGUACGGUAGCCUCCGAGUCAUGGCCGCCAGGGUUAGCGUGUCAUAAAGAGCAGCGAACGGCUCGCAGUACACGCGCCCGACCGCGCGCACACGGACACACGGGGCGGGAACGGGACCGGACUCAGGGGGGCGGGGGCAGAGCGGUGGGGUCGCCGCCAUGGGCGAGAUGUACAUUCGCGUGGCGGAGGACGAGAACGAGGAGCCCAUGGAGAUCCCGUCCGAGGACGACGGCACGGUGCUGCUGUCCAGCGUGGCCGCGCAGUUCCCGGGCGCGUGCGGCCUGCGCUACCGCAGCCCCGUGUCGCAGUGCAUGCGCGGAGUGCGCCUCGUGGAGGGCGUUCUGCACGCGCCCGAGAGCAACUGGGGUAACCUGGUCUACGUGGUGAACUACCCGAAAGAUAAUAAAAGGAAGAUGGAGGAGAUGGAUGCGGCCUCAGCAGUGAAGAUAAAGCGUGGCAUUCAGAAGACGUCGGACCUCAUAGUGCUCGGGCUGCCAUGGAAGACCUCUGAGCAGGAUCUGAAAGAUUACUUUGGCACAUUCGGGGAAGUGAUCAUGGUGCAGGUGAAAAGAGAUCCCAAAUCGGGGAACUCGAAGGGUUUUGGUUUUGUGCGCUUCGCCGAUUACGAGACACAGGUGAAAGUUAUGUCCCAGCGACACAUGAUCGACGGCCGGUGGUGUGACUGCAAGCUACCCAACUCCAAGCCGUGUCCAGUGGCUCGCUGGGGGCUGUGUGCACUAACGCAGCCCCUUUCCCCGAGCCAGCAGGGCCCGGAUGAGCCUCUGCGCAGCCGGAAGGUGUUUGUUGGCCGCUGCACCGAGGACAUGACGGCCGAGGACCUGCGUGAGUUCUUCAUGCAGUAUGGCGAGGUCACGGACGUUUUCAUCCCCAAGCCAUUCCGUGCAUUUGCCUUUGUCACCUUCGCUGACGACCAGGUGGCCCAGUCGUUGUGCGGAGAGGACCUGAUCAUCAAGGGCGUCAGCGUGCACAUCUCCAACGCAGAGCCUAAGCACGGCAAUAGUAGGCAAAUGAUGGAACGGGGCCGCUUCGGGGGGUUCGGGGGCCACGGCUUCAGUCGUGGCGGCAUGGGGAACAGCGGGAUGGGGGGAGGCGGUAGCGCCGGUGUCAACUUGGGGGCGCUGAGCCUGAACCCAGCCAUGAUGGCAGCAGCGCAGGCGGCGCUACAGAGCAGCUGGGGAGUGAUGGGCAUGCUGGCCAGCCAGCAGGGGCAGACAGGUGCCUCGGGGGGCGGAGCCUCGGCAGGCCAGGGCUCCGGCCCUUCCCGCGAGCAGGGCCAAGCCUUCGGCUCAGCUGCCGGCUCGGCCGGGUUGGCCUGGGGGGCAGCCUCCAAUGCAGCCGGCGGCGCCAGCGGAGGGUUCAGCUCCAGCUUCGGCUCCAGCUUGGACACCAAGUCAUCAGGGUGGGGCAUGUAGGGCGGUCCUGUUAGCUGCGUGAUGCGUCCGCCGUUCUGGGCGCUUCGGUAAGUAUUUGGAAAGAGUUUGCUUUCUCUGCAACUCUUUACAGUACUUUGUAUUUAAAACAUAUAUUUUUGCCUUUUGUUUUGAAGAAGAAAUUCUGAAUGUGGUUGAACGUUUCACUCAGUCUGGGCAACAUUACUGUAUUGAGUGAUUGAAGUGUGACUGUCGGGGGUCUCUUUUUAUUUUGUUUUAUUUUCUGUUCUCUCUCUCUCUCCUUCUCGGGGAUGUACUGCCACGCUACUUGUCCUGUUUCCGUUUCUCGGCUCGCGUUCCAACGCUGUACGCAUGCAUGCCCUGUAAAUGGUGGCGACCCCGACAUGCAUGAGUGUUGUCGACAGCUGCCCUGCCAGGACACUCCCUCCACCAUAUUAGCUAGUUUUGUGCUCUUCUGCAGAUUUUCUACUUUUUUUUUGUUUGUUUUUUUUUUUUUUUUCCCCCCCCCUCCUCAACGGAAACGCCUUCAUUAAAGUCUCUUCUGCAGCAGUUCGUCACCUCUUUCCCAUUUUCCCGGGAAGAAGGCCUGCGCUGGCAGCAAUGUUGCAGCGGUGUGUGUAUUGCCGCCCACCCUCCACCAGCACCUCAACCACCUCCUCCUGCUCCCAUGUGUAAAUGCUCUGCCGCCAAAGAGCGCAGCUUCACUCCACAAACUCUGUGUCGGACGGUGGGUGUCGCCUCUUUAUCCACUUCUUUUCAUGGGGAGAAAAAGGUCCGCACUGUCGCUGGGUGCGCUGUGAAGAGAGUGGGAUUGAGCGGAUUGUAGGUGCCUGAGAGCGGAACAGGUGAAAGGACUGAUUGUGCGUUGGAGAAAAGCCGCGUGACAUGCGAGAGGUGGCACGAAACCUGUGGCUGGCUUUUGGUGAGCAAGUGUGAACGGGAGCCCCGUUUGCGAGGCGAGUGUGAGUGUUUUCGUUUCUCCCCUUGCGAAGCCGUCACCAAGGACACCGUCUUGCCUCCUCAUACAUGUGCGAAGUUCCAGCGGCAACCCGGUGGAUGUCUAGUGAUGUGGAUUUGCACCCUGGAUCGCUACUGUCUGAUGUGAAUGCUGUCUGUGAAGCGUGUGCUUUUUUCCUUGUUUACCCACCUGUAAGUGUGAAAAUGUGCUUUGAUGCUGGUGGCGACUGUGCGGGUGGGGGGUGGGCUGUGCGCUCAAGGGUCGUGUGACAGUGAACUGUGUGUCAUGGGGUGUGUUGGCCUGGGGAUGUGGAGGUGCAAGUGAAAGGAUCCCUAUAGAAUUGUUGCAUUUGUUAACUACUUUUUUUUUCUUUGGAUGGAUUGUAUGUUUUGCUAAAAGGGACUUCUCAAAUAAAAGCUAAUUUGAAUAGG